GUGGCUGUCGAGCGUGCGCGAUGCUUCCCAUGUCCUUUCUUGCUCUGCCAAUUUCGAUUCACGUUUUGAAAUCAAGGGCACCAAGUGACAAUGGGUGGAACUCACGGUUACCGCAGGGGGACAAGACAUCUUUUCUCAAAAGCCUUCAAGAAGAAGGGUGUAGAGCAUUUGUCAACAUAUUUAAAGGUCUACAGAGUUGGUGACAUCAUUGAUAUUAAGGGAAAUGGUGCUUUCCAAAAGGGCAUGCCACACAAAUUCUAUCAUGGAAAAACUGGCAGAGUUUACAAUGUUACAAAGCGUGCAGUUGGUGUAAUUGUCAAUAAAAAGCUUGGAAACCGUAUCAUUCCAAAAAGAAUCAAUGUAAGAAUAGAGCAUGUAAAACAUUCAAAGUGCAGAGAUGACUUCUUAAGGCGUGUUAAGGAAAAUGAAAUAAAAAAGAGAGAGGCCAAAGAGAAGGGUAUCAGGGUGGAUUGCAAGAGAAAGCCCCAGCCUCCACGUGGUGCUGCCAUCGUAUCACAGAAGAAUAACGAGCCACAGUUGAUCGAGCCAAUCCCUUACGAGUUCAUCAUCUAAAUAUUUUUUACUUUGAUGAAUUUUGAAGCAAAA